CACACACACACACUGAGCACAAACAGGUGGGAUCACAUUUCUUCCUCAUUCACGGAAACCUGUUGCGGUGGUUGAGCAGUUUAACAGUAAAUUAUCGAGGCUUGGCUGCUCACAGUCAUCCAACCACUUGACUUAAACCUGCACCUUUAUUUAUUUCCUCUUGUCUUGUUUGGACACCUUGUCCAUCAAACUUUCAUCUCAACGAACUCCCUGUCGUCGUGUGAAGAAGGAAACAACAGGGCUACAGGACCAUAAGGACGGUGUGCUGAACAUGUUGGCCUCUCCUUGGACAGAUAAUGUGGAAACUGUUGUUUCUUCUCUACCUGGGGACUCUGGACUUCACAGUGUCCUCCUCUCCUCCCAGCCCUGUUAACGUCGUCUUCUCCUCGGUGAAUCUCAGGAAUGUUCUGCACUGGUCUCCAGGAAACAGCACAUCAGAGGACACACUCUUCACAGUGCAGUAUGCCAUCUACGGGGAUAGCGUGGAGGGAAGUAAAGGAAGACGGGCGAACUGGAGGGCUGUGCGGCAGUGUACUGACACAGUGCGGAGCUGGUGUGACCUGAGCAAUGAGACGCGGGAUGAGGAGCAAGGAUACUACGCCAGAGUCCGAGCUGUGGGCAGGAGAGCACCUUCCAAAUGGACCAUGACCCUGAGGAGAUUUGAUCCAAAGUUGGACACUAGUCUGGGUCCUCCGCUGGUUUCUGUGGAAACAGAGGGCAAUAACGCCAUCAUCGAUCUGAAAGGACCAAUGAGAUAUCAACCUAACAACCACACACCAGUGAUCUCCAUGGCAACAAUAUACCCCCACAUGACUUACAACCUCUCCAUCCGCAAUGGCCAUCACGGGCAGACACAUUAUUUCCCAUUGCUGUCUCGUCUGUACAAUCAUCAUGUGAAGCACCAAAUGGAGUACUGCUUCUCUGCCAAGACAAGAUUGGUCUCCAUACCGAUGCAGUGCGAGUCCUCGGCCUGGCUCUGCAUCACCACGCCUCCAGACCCUGUGACUUACCAUCUGCUGAGGCUGAUUUGGGGUAUCACUGUUCCAUCUCUGUGCCUUUGUGGGCUAAUGGUGGUUGGUUACUUCCUUCAUAACUACCUGAUGGGGAAAGGACAGAAGAAACCUGAUACACUGAACACAUCUUUUCACCCUCCACCACCGACUAUACCUCCUGAGAAUGCCAACUUCGCUAUCAUCAGUGUCAUCAAAUAUGUGUCAGACAUGGAUAGCGACAAUUUCAAGAAAAGGAUAGCAGAUCCUCCAACAAGUUACUCCCUUCAGGGGCCCGGACCACUACCAGAGUACAAUGAUCUUUCGGUCGCCUAUGGAUUUGUUGGGGCGUCUCCUCAAAUCGAUGUUGGGGGAGAAGAGGAGGCAAGAGAGCCGUGGCAGGACAGAGAAGAUGGGAUUAAUCUGAUCGGUGAACACCAGAAAGGCACAGCAGGAGAGAGUCACGAUAAGAAAGAGUGGAGAGAGUGUCAAGGUUCCGGCCGCUUCAAUGUUCCUUUAAAUCUUCAAUCUACAAUCAGCACUAUGAGCGGGAAGAUGGGAGAAAAAGCCAGAGUGAGAACCAAUGGAAAGAUAGAUGGAGCUGCAGAGGAAGCUAGUAAGAGUGAGACAGUGCCCCUUCUUUCUGCUAAUGCGUCCCAGAACACCAAGCAUGUGCCCACUUCCCUCGCCGACCAAUCAGAUUUCAUACAAAAUGAAUGGGGUUUUUUGAGUGUUGCUACAUCUAACAAUAUAGUGGAGGAGGAGGAGGAGGGAAAUAUUUGUAUAAACUGGGACCCUAAAACUAGGAAACUUGUGUUUCCAGAGAUGGUGUUGGAUGGGUUGAUAUGGGCAGAGGAAGGGAGCGAGAACCGUGUGGGGGGAGAGGAGGUGCACGCAGCGAAGGGGGGGCUGAAGUUGGAGAAUGUGUUUGUCAGACAAGGGUCCGAAGAAGAGGCGGAGGCUCUGAGAGAGAAGGAGCGAGGUGGGGGACCAGGGUCAGAUAGCUUGGAUGGUGUUCUGUCCAAAUGGAACUUGGUAAUCUCAAUGGAUCAGUAGAUGAUAUUCAUCACUAUAUUUACACCGUUGUUAGAAAAAAACAUAUUCUGCUGCACUUAUCCAGUUCAAUUUUAUAUGAUAGAAAAUAAGUCAUAAUCCAAAAACAUCACCUAUCACUUUUACUUUGAAUAGUAGCUUUUAUAUGUGGCUGCGUUAUGAUCAUGAAAUGAAGUUUAUUGAUUUACAAGUCACACUUAUCACUUUUAAUACUUAUGAAGUAACUUCACUGUGAUCACCUCGAUUUUGAGCAAACUAUUAUUUGUUUACUUGUUUAAUUGAUCAUCUACUACACGAGUCGCCAUUUCCUCCCACUAUCCGGAAAUGAAGUUAAAAUAGAAAUGAGCUGAAAUAGAGCCAGAGUCUGCGCCGUAGCGCUUGGGUGGGAUCUAGGUCACAUGGUCAACCAGUUGCGAGUCAAUUUGACGAUCUCAAAGUUUUCAGCUAAUUUUUAUCUAAAACAAACUUGACAUAAAAAUAAGCACUUGACUGUUCAGUGCUGGUGUCCUGUUUCUCCAACAUCAAACUACCUGGAGCACAACAACCCUAUGAAGAAACUCACGUGUUUUCUUUUAGUUUUACAUUUUUAUUCUAUGUGACCACGGUUUACCAGGACAAUACUGAUAAGAAGUAGUACAGUUCAGCAUUAGUCCGCCCCUGGUUUAGUUUCAGGUAACUCACCUAAAGCGUUCUUGAUGGAACAGCUUGUUUGCAUGCUGGUGGUAUAAUGGGCUGAAUCCAUUUAUUAUCAUGUAUUUUGUUAUUUUUUUAAGGAAAUCCUGAUGAUCAGAGGAAGAUGAAGUUUUGUCUCUGUUAUUAACGCGUUGAUGUACUUUAACUUGAUGAAGAACAGAUUUAUAGCACUUUUAUCGAAUGUAGGUUUUAUAGGAAAAUGAAGCUCCCUGACCCACACCAUGUGACGAUAUUUUCUAUACUGGAAAAAAUAUUGAUAGCAUCACUGUAUCACUUGUCGAAUUUCUGUUUUAUAUAUUUUAAUACCCUCACAUUGACACGUUUCUGAUUUCAUUAUUUGCUUCUGUCACUUCUGCAUUCACCAUUGUCAUAGGCUUAUAUUGGCUUAUAAUGACACUUAAAACUAUGUAUAAAAUACUUGUACUCCACUAUUGUAUCUACAGAUAUUAUGUUAAUCGUUGUAGGCUUUUGUCAAUGCUGUUCCUCUUCCUUGCUGAUACAUGAAGUAUGUUGUAAACAUUGACGCUGAACUCGAACCACAUCCACUCAGCGAUUGUUUGUGUUACAUAUUUGUAAUGUAAAACCUCCUUUGUAGAGUGGAGACCUGCCAGUUGACGGAAAGGGGGAAUUCUGAGGCAACACAGGUCAUCUGCAAUGUGAUGGUUAGUAUGAUGCCGUGCAUUAAGUCGUAUCUGUACCAUUUCUUAAAUGGCUCUACUCUGGGAAAUCAAUCAGGGAUGUUUUCUGUCAUAAUUCUGUAUGUUGUUGACCAUGUAUUUUGGAAAUUCAAAAUAAAUAAUAAUAAAGUGAACUAGUAACAUA